GGACCAGAUGCACCCCUAUCACCGGACACUCGAGGGUUCGUUGAUCUAACCCGGAAUGUCUUAUCUAUCGCUUCAUGGUGUGUAGCAAGAGAGUGCGUGGUAUCUCAAACGCGUAUCUCGAAAAAGGAGAAAAAUGCGCAGGUGGCCGGCUCAACGCUCAGGUCAACAUGAAGAAGAAAUUUUUGAGUUGUCUGCGAAUGAGUUGACAACUGCUAGAUUUACUUUGGAUUCUCCAAAUCAUCACAAGCACCACUUGAGUAUACCAGACUGCCAGUCCACGGAGACUGUUAAACCUCAAACUCAGAUCCCAACUGUAGCACCCACGAAAAAUACACCUCCGCAUCCUAAACCCUCGACCAACAUGGCUUUGUUCACCCCCGGGCCUAUCGUCUCCCACGUUCUCAUGGUUCUCGUGGCCAUGUUGAAUAUUUGUAUUCUAUCUUACGAUGUGGAAUGAUCAACAACUUGAACUCGGCUAAGCCAUACCAAGAUUACUUCAAGUUAAACAGCGAU